GCUGUCAGUUAGUCUCGAGCGUGGACAAGUGUUGGUGGUACCACUACUGUGUUGCAUCGUUCAGCCUCGCCAUCGUGACGCUGUCCACCUGCCUGUUGGAUUAUUACUUCGCCGUGGUUACCGUCACUUUGCGCGUGUGUGAUACUGUGAACUCGUGUGACUGAGCGAAUUGACCUACUAUUUUUUUAAAUUUAUUUCAUUAAUGGAAUUGGAAAUUCGACACGUAGUGGAAAUGCGUGAAUACUACGUACUUCGUGUUGUAUGUGACUGUGAUACUGAUCCACAAUUUUGACUGAGGAGUUGAAUACAGUGAAACCUCGAGGUUGUGCCACAGUUUUGUGUAACUACAUGAAUGAGUCACUAUCGGACUCCGGACUUAAAAAUAUCUCUUAUGAGAAAGAGCACCGUGAAGUGCGCUCAAAAUACGAUUGUGCUGGCCAUUGUUAUAUUGGCGCCUUGCGUCCCUCCCCUAAUUAGAGGGGUGGGGUUUCCUCUACAACUAGUGUAGUGACUGUGAUAGGUUCGAACACAACCAGAACUCGAAUUUAACUUAACUGUCCCUCAGAUCUCAUUGACACUGCCAGACAUUUUGCAACGCGUAUUAAGAUAUACACAGUGCACUGUGUAGUAUUGUUGUACUAUAAAGACAUCCCGGCCAGGAGCCUAGUAACGUAACCAAUACGCACCGUGUAGAAAGAGGCAAGCGAAUAUACAACUUUGUGUAAUAUGCUAUUGGACAUGGAGCACCAUUCUGCCGCUAUGGUCUACAUGAACAUGUCGCCGUUUAAUUUAAGUCCGACGGGCAGCGCCAGUGGUAGCCCGCACCACUCGGGCGCGAUAGUGACGACGAGCGUGGCGUCGACGGCGCCCGGCAGCAGUAGCAUGCCGCCUCCGCUGUACUGUUCGCCGCCGCCCAUGGGGAGCACGGCCGGGGGCGGCUCUGCCAGCUACGGCGGCGGCUACCAACAACAACAACAGCAGCAGCAGCAGCCGCCGCUGGCGCAGCAGCACCAGCAACAGCAGGGCCAUUGCUUCAGUAACAUGGACGCGUCCUAUCUGUUCUCGCUGGCAGGCGGCGGCGUCGCCGUAGCCGGCAUGGACGUGGGCGGCGGCUACGGCGGCGCGUCCGGCGCGGCGGUGGGCGGCGGCGCGGCCGCGGGGGCGGCGGCGGUGGCCGGCGCGGCCGGCUCCGUGGUCGCCGAGCUGCCCGACACCAAGGACGUCAUCGAGGAGCUGUGCCCCGUCUGCGGCGACAAGGUGUCCGGUUACCACUACGGCCUGCUCACCUGCGAGAGCUGCAAGGGCUUCUUCAAGCGCACCGUCCAGAACAAGAAAGUGUACACGUGCGUCGCGGACCGCAGCUGUCACAUCGACAAGACUCAGCGGAAACGCUGCCCCUACUGCCGCUUCCAGAAGUGCCUCGAAGUCGGCAUGAAGCUAGAAGCGGUGCGCGCCGACCGGAUGCGCGGCGGACGCAACAAGUUCGGGCCGAUGUACAAGCGCGACCGCGCGCGCAAGCUGCAGAUGAUGCGCCAGCGGCAGAUCGCGAUCCAGGCGAUCCGCGGCGUGACGGCCACGCUGGGCGACGGCGUCACGCUCUCCUACAGCCCGCAGCCCGCCGGCGCCGCCGCAGCCGCGUCGGGCGCCGCCGCCGCCGGAUCGCCCGGCUACGUCCACAUCAAGCAGGAGAUCCAGAUCCCGCAGGUUUCGUCGCUGACGUCGUCGCCCGACUCGUCUCCCUCGCCCAUCGGUGUGGCGCUGGGCCAGCAGGCGACAGUGGCUGCCGCGACGGCCGGCGGCGGAGGGUCGGCCUCGGGCGGCGGCGGGGGCGGAGGCGGCCUGGGGGCGGCGGGCGGCGGGGCGGCGGGAGCGGCGGGCGCGCUGGUGCUGAGUGCCGCCGCCGACCACAAGCUGUGGGCGACGGCCGCCGCCAACUCGACGACACCGUCGCCACACUCGGUGUCGCCGAAGGCCUUCCACUACGACGGCGUCCUGGCCAACGGCGGCUCCGGCGCCAGCAGCGCUGCGGGCGGCGCGGGAGCGGCGGGGGCGGGCGGUGCGGCGGCCGCGGGGCCCGGCGGCCAGCCCAAGAUCCCGCCCAUGAUCCGCGAGUUCAUGCAGGCGCUCGACGACCGCGAGUGGCAGACCUCCCUGUACGGACUCCUGCAGAACCAGACGUACAACCAGUGUGAAGUGGACCUCUUUGAACUUAUGUGCAAAGUGCUGGACCAGAACCUCUUCUCGCAGGUCGACUGGGCGCGAAACUCCGUCUUCUUCAGGGACCUCCAGGUGGAUGACCAGAUGAAGCUGCUGCAGCACAGCUGGUCAGACAUGCUGGUGCUGGACCACAUGCAUCAACGGAUGCACAAUAACCUGCCGGACGAGACGACGCUGCCCAACGGGCAGAAGUUCGACCUACUCUGCCUCGGCCUGCUGGGUGUGCCUACUCUAGCCGAUCACUUCAAUGACCUCACUGCCAAGCUGCAGGACCUCAAAUUUGACCUCAGCGAUUACAUUUGUGUCAAGUUCCUGCUGCUCCUCAAUCCUGAUGUACGAGGAUUGGCUAACAGGAAACACGUCCAAGAAGGCCACGAUCAGGUUCAGCAGGCACUACUGGACUACACGCUCACGUGCUACCCUCAGAUACAGGAUAAGUUUUCCAAGCUAUUGCUAGUGAUGCCCGAAAUCCAUCAGAUGGCAAGUCGUGGUGAAGAUCACUUGUACCAAAAACACAGAAGUGGUGGUGCUCCAACGCAGACUCUGUUGAUGGAAAUGUUGCACGCCAAGCGUAAAUAGCAUCAUCAGUCACCGCUUCAGCGGACAGCAGCUGUGCGACAAAUGCCUCAUGCUCUCCCAGAGUCCUAAAUGGUCAAAGUGUCCACAUUAUUCACCCACUGAAGCCGCCAGCUCUGAUGAAAUCCUGCCGAACUGCCUGCAAUUUCCCACUGCCGGUUACCUGUGAAAUUAUUAUACUAUAUGUUUUAAAACAUGUAUAUUUUCAUUUCCAUAUGAAAUCUUUUCAAAUUUAGGUAUCAGUGACUUGCAUUUUCUGCAAGAAAAGCUUAAAUUAUAAAGUGCAGAACAAACUGUCUGGUGAUCAGUGUGAAGUAAAUGUGCAUGUUGAAAGGCUUGUGGAAAUGAAUCAGGCAGCAGUAGCAUUUUAAUGUUGUUAUAUUAAGCCGUGUGUUCUGUGAAUAUAUUCAAGACAGUAAAUGAGUUCGCAAGGCCAGUAGAUUAUUGCUUUACAAGAAUGGACAAAUGUAUUGGGGCUUUAUGCCAAGUGGAUGGACAACAAGUUCCUGCUGUCGAUUUUGGUGCACCAUUCAUGAUUUGCGACCACCAGUCAUUUUUGCAAUUAACACGUGUUACUGGGCUGCGUGAUAAUGGCCACAGUGUUGCUGAAUGGUGUGCCUGGCUUGAGAUGGGCAUUAUGUUUGUUAUUGAAUAAAACUGUUAUGUUGGUAACAGAUCUAAGCAAAUCGUAGCGGAUAUAUUUUAUGUGUGGUGAAUUUAUAGUUCAAAGUGCAAUAACAUAACAAUUGUAAUGAGAGUCCUUGGUGGAAGAUUGAGGGAUAUGCAUCAGCUGAAGGCAAGGCUUUAUUCUCUAAUUUUAUAUUUAAAAAAGAAACACAAAUUUUUGACAAAUAAUUAUUGUACAAUUGUCAUAAGCACAGUGAAAUCUAGUAGGUCAUAUUUUAAUAGUCUUGUUGACUUUUUUAAUAAAGUACAUUUGCCUUUAAAAAGUACAAAGUCAGAAACUAAAGAAAAUGUCAGACACUGUGUUAAGAAGCUAAGUUGACUCAGGAUUUGUAAUGUGCUGUAGUUGAGAUGCUAACCCUCUGCUGGAGACAAGACCCCAGAGAGACUGACUGCAGGUGGCUUCAGUGUUUGCUGUGAGUGAGGCACUUCACUGUGUGUUGAGUUAUUGCAUUUUUAGAGAUAUGUCUUUAUUUUUAUCAAUAAAAACUGAUGCUUCUUCAUCCUGAUUGUGACCACAGUACCCUUGCUCAUUACCGUUUUUUAUUUGUGGCAUGUUUUAUAAUUUUUGUGCAUUCUGACAUUCCAGAUAAAAAGCACACUGCUUUGUUCUGGAAGGGAUAUGAGGGCAUCGUCAACCAUACUGUAGUUUUAGCUGUUGUGACCAGUAGCCAAACUGCUAGCACGGUAAGGGCUUUGGUUCUUGUCAUACUGCAGAGUAAUUUGAUUUUGUAGUAAACCUCGGUCUUUUAGCAGUGCUCAGUUUUUCUUUCAUUGCAUUCUUGCAAGUUUAGGCCAUAAGCUGGAUAUAACAAUGAUUUCAACAUUCCACUUCACCAGACUUCUUAAAUUUUUGGGUUUCUGUAUAAGUGCAGCACCUUUGUCACAGUAUGCAGCACACAUUUGCUGGCAGAGUGCUAGAUUUAACUAAUGAUUCCCAAAACUCUGUUCUGUUUUCAUUUAUUUAACAUUUCUCUGCUCAAGAUGAGUUCAGGUGGUGGACUAACUGUGACACUACUUUAGUUUAUUAUUUGUGUAGCAGUAAUUUGUUAUUAAUUUAAAAGCAAAGAGCAAGGCUGCUGUGGUCAGUGUGUUAUGUGUAAGCUCGUUAACAUGUGUAAAAUACUAGUUGUUAUGAAAAGAUUAUAUAUAUAUAUAAAUAUAUAUUAUAAAUAUUAAACAUUGUUACUGUGAACUUAUGUGAAGUGCAAGUUUCGUGUUGGUAACACUUGUCUCUGGUAUCUCCACAGAUACAUGCAGUAGUUACCUAGCCCUUCAUACCAUGCUUGAGAUACAGUUUUGCCAACCAAUAUUUGUUAUUAUUUCUCCGUUAUGUCACUCUUCUAUUUCUGCUAUUCCAAAAACAUAUCUUAUUCUCAAGAAUGACAUAUUCUUGUGAUGUUUUAUGAUGAGACAACUUAUUUGUUUUUUGACCAGUUGUUGUAGAAACAUCAUGGGUAUCGAUUUAAUAAUUUUCCUGUUUUAUUCCUGUACAUGAGCAGAGGCCUGUAAAUCAUUUGUGGCACUGUGUUAUCCAUUAAUUCGUAUGUACUACAGUAGAGAUUAUGAUAUCACUACUUAGUAUGGCAAACUGUUGUAUGUGAUCAUGUCUCCUUUCAUGCACAGGAAAAGAAAUUCAGGAUAUGUUGAACAUCAAAAUAUGUUGCAUAGUGUACCAUUUUUAAACUACAGGCAAGGAUCUAGUCUUUUUAUAGGCAUCCCUUGCAGUGUCCAGACUUCAGGUACUGUCACAGGGUGUGGCAAGAAAAUUGUUGAAUGUGUAAUUAUUUCAAGAACAAUUUUAUACAGAAUUUUAUUUGUUAUAUUGAUGGAAAAGUGUAUCUGAGAAAAUUGUCAGUUGAUAUUUUACUGUUAACUGCUCUUAUGUUUUAUGAUGAUAAUAAAAAUUUUAUAUUUUCUCUUUGCAAUGUCGCAAGUGUUAUAAAAUUUAAGCCAUUGUUAUUGAUAUUGUUAUCAUGGAAUAUACAAAGAGAUGUUGCUUGUUUUAAAGUGGUAACUCGGAGCAUUGCAGCAGUUGAUUUUUGAUCAUUUACGUAAAGGUCCUGUAUUAGAGAACAACUAGUAACCUAUUUUAAUUUAAUUUUGUAUCACUUUAAGGGAAAGAUAUUUCCACGUGACUUUCUUUUCUUUAUCUGCAUAUUGUUAAAAUAAGAUUUAUUUCACCACUUCUGUUUCUGUAACUGAUGGAGAAAGUUUUGUUACCUCAGACUUUUGCCCACAUUGUUAAGUCACCAUGCCUGAUGUGUGUGUGUGUACAUAUAUACAUAUAUAUAUAUAAAAAUGGACCUGUCUGUAAUGCUAUUGUUUGUACAAAAAAAUUAUGUGCUGUGUCCGUUGUACGGAUGUUAUUAACAUUUUAAUGAGUAUUGUUCAAGAACAGAUGGUUUGCUUCAAAGAAGAUUAAUCUCUGUCUCUUAAUAUAGUUUUAUUUUUGUAGACUCUUGGAUCAUGUUACUAGUUACCAUAUGAAAUUUUAAUUUCUUAAGUGAUAAACUAUAAUUUGUACAGAAAGUUAUGUAUGAUGGACUUCAUUUUAGGUGAUAUUUGUGACAGAACUUCUGUUGAAUCGAGCCAUCUGCUAGACCAAUGUUCCCCUACCACAGUGUGUCUGUGAAAGGUAGGCAAACAGGAUGUAGAAUAAAAUCCCUACCAUUUUCAGUAAA